AUGGAGUCAACUGCUCUGAAUGGAAGAAUGGCCCGAUGGCAAAUUCUACUGCCUGAAUUUGAUAUAGUCUAUGUGAACCAGAAAGCAAUAAAAGGGAGUGCAAUAGCAGACUUUCUGGCCAGUAGAGCACUGGAUGAUUAUGAACCACUAAACUUCGAUUUCCCACAUGAGGAUUUGAUGUGUAUUGCAACAGCAGAAAAAGACUUUCAAAAGGAUAAUCCUUGGAAACUGAAUUUUGACGGAGCCUCGAAUGCUGUGGGCAAUGGGAUUGGGGCAGUUUUGGUAUCUUUCGACGGUGAUCAUUACCCAUUCGCUAGAAAAUUAGAUUUUGAUUGCACAAAUAACAUGGUGGAGUAUGAAGUAUGUAUCAUGGGAAUUCGUGUAGCCAUUGAACGCAAAAUCAAAGUGUUAGAGGUGUAUGGGGAUUCUGCAUUGAUGGCCGACACAUUGGCUACAUUAGCAUCUAUGAUCAAAGUAAAUAAACAAGAGGACAUGAAGCCUAUUCAAAUGAGUAUUCAUGAGGUUCUAGCCCAUUACUGCAACAUCGACGAUGAAGAAGAAAAGGACGAUCAUCCUUGGUAUCAAGACAUAUUGCGAUAUGUAAAGAAUCGCGAGUAUCCCGACCAAGCAACUGAAAAUGAAAAAAGAACAUUGAGAAGGUUUGCCAACGAUUAUGUCUUAGAUGGAGAGAUCUUGUAUAAAAGAGGAAAAGAUCAGGUGCUGCUAAGAUGUAUAGAUGCUGUGGAGGCCAAGCAAAUCUUGGAAGAGGUGCAUGAAGAACCUUUCUCUAUGUGGGGCAUGGACGUCAUUGGACCAAUCUCGCCAAAAGCUUCAAAUGGGCAUCGGUUCAUAUUCGUGGUUAUUGACUACUUUACUAAGUGGGUAGAGGCUACCUCUUAUGCUAAUGUUACAAAGUCAGCAGUCAGCAGAUUCUUAAAAAAGAAAAUCAUAUGUCGGUACGGGAUGCCAGAAAGGAUUAUCUCCGACAAUGCAUUGAACUUGAACAACAGCACGAUAGUGGAGGUCUGUAAUCAAUUCAAGAUCAAACACCACAAAUCUUAUCCAUAUCGCCCAAAAAUGAAUGGCGCGGUAGAAGCGGCCAAUAAAAACAUCAAGAAGAUCGUAGGAAAGAUGACCGAGACUUAUAAGGAUUGGCACGAGAAGUUACCAUUUGCCCUUCUUGUCUAUCGAACAUCUAUCAGAACUUCUACUGGGGCAACACCUUUCUCAUUGGUAUAUGGAAUGGAGGCAGUUUUGCCCAUUGAAGUAGAGAUUCUUUCCCUCCGAGUUUUAUCAGAACUGAAAUUAGAUGAAGCAGAAUGGAUUCAAUCCCAAUAUGAUCAACUGAACUUGAUCGAAGAAAAAAGGCUAUGA